AUGGACAUGCUCUCAAAUUCUCCACUUCCACUCUCAUUCCAACAAUGGAAAAUUAUUUCCUACAAAGAAACCGUACAUCUCUUUCCUUUUUCGAUUUCGGUUUCUGCAAAUUCAAUCGGAAAAAAAGUGAAACUUUUCCUCGUCGCCGGUAACAACGCUGAUCCUGUCGUCUCGAGGAUCCCCUUGACUUUUCUAGCAGACCUCUACAUUGCCUGGCUUAAAGAAUGCUUCACUACUACAUCAUACUCAGUUAGCAUAAAUGGAAGGCUUCAUGGGUUCUUUAAAGGCACAAUAGGUCUAAGACAAAGGGACUGCGUUUCAAGAACCUUGCAUAGAUCGGACUGCCGAUUUAGUGAUGUUGUUUUUACGGCGAUUGAUUUUUUGGAUGACUGGACCACAGUAUGA